CUUCCGGGUGGCGCGUGGGGCCGCAGGCUGAGAGGUGCCCCGCCGCCGCGGACAUGGAGACUCUGUACCGAGUGCCGUUCUUGGUGCUCGAGUGCCCCAACCUGAAGCUGAAGAAGCCGCCGUGGGUGCACAUGCCGUCGGCCAUGACGGUGUACGCCCUGGUGGUGGUGUCGUACUUCCUCAUCACCGGAGGAAUAAUUUAUGAUGUUAUUGUGGAACCUCCGAGUGUUGGCUCUAUGACUGAUGAGCACGGGCAUCAGAGACCAGUAGCUUUCCUGGCCUACAGAGUAAAUGGACAAUAUAUUAUGGAAGGACUCGCAUCCAGCUUCCUGUUUACAAUGGGAGGUUUAGGUUUCAUAAUCCUUGACCGAUCCAAUGCCCCAAACAUUCCAAAACUCAAUAGAUUUCUUCUUCUCUUCAUUGGAUUCGUCUGUGUCCUGUUGAGUUUUUUCAUGGCCAGAGUAUUCAUGAGAAUGAAGCUGCCGGGCUAUCUGAUGGGUUAGUGCCUUUUGAGAAGAAAUCAGUGGAUACUGGAUUUGCUCCUAUUAACGAAGUUUUAAAGGCUGUACCAAUCCUCUGAUAUGAAAUGUGGAGAAGGAUGGAAAGCAGCAGAAAAAAGAAGCAUCUAGUGAACACAUAGGAAGCGUAUUAAAGCUUGGACUAGAAUGUCUUCUUGGUUUCAAAGAGACAAGCUUAUUACAGUAUUUUUUCCUGCUGACCUGUACUGACGUACCCACGAUGUUAAGUGGCAUUUUCUUGUUAGUUUUUCAUUUCUUAAAGGAGAUAUACUCCGUUUCUACAACUAUAAUAUUGAUGGAAAUGAUUAUUUUUUACAACCCCCUUAACAUUUUUCGAGAUGACAUUUGUGACUUUCAGAAAUUAACGUAAAAUCAGGAAGUGCGAUCACCUAGCUGAGAACUCUGGACAGCUGAUUGGCCUUCCAUCUGGUGCUUUGCCUUUAGACAGAGUGUGUGACAGAACCUUAUUUCAGAGACGUGUAUAAGACUGUUACCUGAACAAUGAGAUGUGUGGAAGGAGCAGAAAUAAAUCGAUUUUCUAAUUAA